GGCCCGCGGUGUCUCAGAUUCAUUCUUAAGGAACUGAGAACUUAACCUUCCAAAAUGUCAAAAAGACCAUCUUAUGCCCCACCUCCCACCCCAGCUCCUGCAACACAAAUGCCCAGCACACCAGGGUUUGUGGGAUACAAUCCAUACAGUCAUCUCGCCUACAACAACUACAGGCUGGGAGGGAACCCCGGCACCAACAGCCGGGUCACGGCAUCCUCUGGCAUUACGAUUCCAAAACCCCCAAAGCCACCAGAUAAGCCGCUGAUGCCCUACAUGAGGUACAGCAGAAAGGUCUGGGACCAAGUAAAGGCUUCCAACCCCGACCUGAAGCUGUGGGAGAUUGGCAAGAUCAUUGGUGGCAUGUGGCGAGAUCUCACUGAUGAAGAGAAGCAAGAAUAUUUAAACGAAUACGAGGCAGAAAAGAUCGAGUACAAUGAGUCCAUGAAGGCCUAUCACAACUCCCCCGCGUACCUGGCUUACAUCAAUGCGAAGAGCCGUGCAGAGGCUGCGCUAGAGGAGGAGAGCCUGCAGAGACAGUCGCGCAUGGAGAAAGGAGAGCCCUACAUGAGCAUCCAGCCUGCGGAAGACCCCGAUGAUUACGAUGAUGUCUUUUCCAUGAAGCACACGGCCACCGCCCGUUUCCAGAGAAACCAUCGCCUCAUCAGUGAAAUCCUCAGCGAGAGCGUGGUGCCCGACGUCCGGUCCGUCGUCACCACUGCUAGAAUGCAAGUCCUCAAGCGCCAGGUCCAGUCCCUCAUGGUUCACCAGCGAAAACUGGAAGCCGAACUCCUUCAGAUAGAGGAACGGCACCAGGAGAAGAAGAGGAAAUUCCUUGAAAGCACAGAUUCAUUCAACAACGAACUCAAAAGGCUGUGUGGGCUGAAGGUGGAGGUGGACAUGGAGAAGAUCGCGGCAGAGAUUGCGCAGGCCGAGGAGCAGGCCCGCAAGCGGCAGGAGGAGCGCGAGAAGGAGGUGGCAGAGCAGGCGGAGCGUGGCCAGGGUGGCCUGGGCCCCGAGGAGGAGCAAGCGCCCGGCAAAGCCGAGGAGAAGAAGGACGAGGAGAGCCUCCCGAUGGAGACAGAGGAGUCACACCUGGAAGAGGCAGCAGAGAGCCAGCAGAACGGCGAGGAGGGCACGUCCACACCCGAGGACAAGGAGAGCGGACAGGAGGGCGGCGACAGCCUGGCGGAAGAGGGGACCAGCGACAGCAACACCGGCUCAGAGAGCAACAGUGCCACUGUGGAGGAGCCGCCGUCAGACCCCAUCCCGGAAGAUGAGAAGAAGGAAUAAAUGUUGCCUUGUUUUAUGUGUCCUAAAUACUUUUUUAAAUGAAAAAAAAAUGUUUUCAGUUUUAAU